AUGGCGUUCCAUGCCAACAUCCCCCGAACGACGAUUCUGCGACACAUGAAGCGAAACCGUCGCCAUCGGUGCAAGUCAUCGUACCACCGACCGCUGCUCACCGACGCCAACAAGGAAGAACGCGUCAAGUUUGCGCUGUCCUUUGUCAAGCGAAACCAAGUUUUCGACGACAUGCACAACGUCGUGCAUGUUGACGAAAAGUGUGCUGCCCCACCGACAAGCGAAGUCCACGAGGUUCAUAACAAGGUUAUGUUUCUGUGUGCGGUGGCCCGGCCACGUUUUGAUGUUGGGCGCAAUCGCAUAUUCGACGGGCGCAUUGGCAUGUGGCCCUUUGUCGUCAAGGAGCCGGCGCAACGAAGCAGCAAGAAUCGCCCAAGAGGAAGGUUGGUCACGCAGCCGCAGACCGUGACCUCUGAAGUGUACCUGCGCAUGUUGACAACCAAGGUCAUUCCAGCAAUUCAGAUGAAGAUGCCACUUGCCAUGAAGAGGUCGACAGUGUUUAUUCAACAAGACAAUGCGAGACCCCACGCGCAAUCGGUGAACAACUCCGACGGCGAUGGGUUGACGAUCAAAAUGCGGAACCAGCCGCCAAACAGCCCGGACUUUAAUGUCCUAGAUUUAGGAUUUUUAAUUCUAUUCAAAGUUUACAGUAUCAAUCAACGCCAUUGA